AUGGUGCAGUCAGUGAACAUCAUGGAAUUGUCACUGCUGCAGCUGGAGCUGCUCAAGAACAAGCUGGACCAGAUGUAUGUACCUGGGAAGUUACAUGAUGUGGAACAUGUUCUCAUUGAUGUGGAGAAGUCAGCUGAUGAUGCUAAAGACUUCUUCAAGAGGAAGAUUGACUUGCUCACUAAGCAGAUGGAAAAAAUUCAGCCAGUUUUGAAGGAGAAGCGUGCCAUGAAGCAAGCUAUCGUGGAGAUGAUGAACCAGAAGAUUCAGCAUCUCACAGCGCUAGGGGCUACCCAGGCAGCCUCGGCCAAGGCCUGA